AUGGAUUCAACAGUAGAUUUUUUAAAACAAACAUCAAUUAAAGAGAUAAUUAAACCAAAAGAAAUGGUUAUAGUUAGAUCUUCAAGCAAAUAUAUAGAUACCAUGGAGUUAAUGAGCGAAAAACAUAUUUAUUCAGCACCAGUAUUAAAUGAAGAUGGAAGAGUAUCACAAGUUAUUGACCUUUUAGAUAUGAUACAUUUUAUUAUAGAGUUUUUGGGACUAAACAUUCCAGAAAAUUUAAAGAAAUUAAAAAACCAACCUAGAGAAUUUACAGAUAUUUUAACAAGUUCAGGCAAUCUUUUCUCAACAUCAACUAUUCAAACUGUUAUUGGCGAUAGGAAAAUAGAUAAACUCGUUGCAUGUAGAGAAAACACAUCACUUUAUGACAUCAUUUUAACUUUUAACGAUCAAAUUAGCAAAGUCUUUGUAUUAGAUAGAAAGAGUGAAAUUAUUAAUUUGAUUAGUCCAACUGAUAUUUUAGCAAUGGUUGCACAAAAUAUUCAUGUCUUGGGUACAACCAGAUUUAGAACCAUUCAAAAUUUAGGUGUUGCUGUCCCAUUCAAAAGAACCUAUAUUAAAGAUGAAAGGGUAAUAUUAAUAUUAAAAGAUUUUAUUGAUAAUAAUUUUAAUGCAGCACCCAUCGUAGACGAUGAUAAUAAACUUAUUGCCAACUUUUCAAUUUCGAAUAUCAAAAAUUUAAAUCAAAAUUUCGAUGAUCUAAUGUUACCAGUUAAAGACUUUUUAGAGUAUCAAAAUAUUAGAGAAAAGAAGAAAUAUAUAACUGGUUUACAUGAAAGUUCUUUACAUCCAUUAACAGUUAGCACUAAUGAUACUUUAGAGAAUACUAUUUUUAAAAUUGUUGCCACCAAAGUUCACAGAUUAUGGGUAGUAAAUGACCAAAACACACCAAUCGCAAUGGUUACCAUUGACUCAAUUUUAAAAAUUAUUACCUUAAAAUCAAUGGAUAUUGAUUCAUAA